CAGGUCUCGGGCCCCCAGGCGGAGCGGCGGGCGCCGGACCCCCAGGCGGAGCGGACAGGUCUCGGGCCCCCAGGCGGAGCGGCGGGCGCCAGACCCCCAGGCGGAGCGACAGGUCUCGGGCCCCCAGGCGGAGCGGCGGCGCCGGACCCCCAGGCGGAGCGGCGGGCGCCUCGGGCCCCCAGGCGGAGCGGCGGGUCGCCGGGCCCCCAGGCGGAGUGGCGGUGGGCGCCAGACCCCCAGGCGGAGCGGCGGGCACCGUCACGGGCCCCGACAGGCGGGCGGCGAGUCAACCGGCAUGACCCCAGGCGGAGGAUCGCUGGGCGGACAGCGGGCACGCCCAGGCGGGUCAUUUGGCUCGGCGGGGCACCGCGUCAUCAGGCACGCAGUGGGCUCCGAGUCAACUGGCAUGACCGCUGGCACUGGGUCAGACAUUGGAUCGUCUGGCUGGAC